AUGAAAUGCAUAGAUGUUAAAACCUUUCAUCAGUGUGUUGUAUGUGAUGAAAUUUUUCAACAAUAUGAUGAUUUAGAAAAACACAGUAAAAUACAUGUUAAAAAUGAGAAAACUGAUGAUAUAGAUGAAUAUUGUCAUGUUAAAGAAGAGAAAACUGGUGAUAUAGAUGAAUAUUGUCAUAUUAAAGAAGAGAAAACCGAUGAUGUAGAUAGAUAUUGUCAUGUUCAAUUUAAAGAAGAGAAAACGGAAGAUAUUGAAACAUGCUAUCAGUGUAAUUUAUGUGAUGAGGAAUUUAAAUCUGACAUUGAUUUAGAAAAACACUGUGAAAUACAUGUUAAAGAUGAGAAAUCUGUUUUACAACAUGGUAAAUGUGAUAUUUGUAAUAUUUCGUUUAGUACGAAUAAUUGUCUACAAGCACACAUUAGAAUUCAUACUAUAGAAAAACCUUAUAAUUGUUAUGUUUGUAGUAAAUCAUUUUCUAACAAUAGCCAUCUACAGUCACACAUCAGAACUCAUACAGGUGAAAAACCCUAUAAAUGUGAUGUUUGUAGUAAAUCAUUCACCGAAAAUAGUGCUCUACAAACACACAUUAGAAUUCAUACUGGUGAAAAACCUUAUAAAUGUGAUGUUUGCAGUAAAUCAUUUAGACAGAUUAGUAGUCAACAGUCACACAUGAGAAUACAUACAGGUGAGAAGCCUUAUAAAUGUGAUGUUUGUAGUAAAUCAUUCACAGGCAGCAGUCAACUUCAGAGACACGUCAGAAUUCAUACUGGUGAAAAACCUUAUAAAUGUGAUGUCUGUAGUAAAUCAUUUACUGAAAGCAGUACUCUUCAAAAACACACCAGGAUUCAUACUGGUGAAAGACCUUAUAAAUGUGAUGUUUGUAGUAAAUCAUUUACUACUAAUGGUCAUCUACAGAGACAUAUCAAAAUUCAUACUGGUGAUAAACCUUAUAAAUGUGAUGUUUGUAGUAAAUCAUUUACUGAUAAUACUUAUCUACAGAGUCACAUCAGAAUUCAUACUGACGAAAAACCUUAUAAAUGUGAUGUUUGUGGUAAAUCAUACACUAAUACUAGUAAUCUACAGAGACAUGUAAGAAUUCAUAUUGGAGAAAAACCUUGUUUGUAGUAAAUCAUACUCUACAGAAACACACCAGGAUUCAUACAAACAGACCUUCAAAUUUAUACUGAAGAAAAACCAUAAUGAAAUAUUUAGUCACACUGACAAUUUACAUAGUAAAAAGUAAUAUAAAAUCAGGAAGUUAAAAUUUUAACUUUCAAAGUUUUUAAGGUUAUGUAUAAGUUAUUGUAGUGGUUAAUAUGUGUAGGAUAAAGCACGAGACUGAGGUUAUGCUGGGGAAAGAAAGACUGAAGAAAAUAACCCGAGAGAAAGAAAAACCGAGGCCGGCAGGCCUAGGAUUUUCUGUCGCGGGUUUUUCCUGAAGUCUUUCUUCCCCAGCAUAACCGAAGUCGAGGACUUUAUCUUGCUUAUAAACUGUCUAUGUUUACAUGUACACAAGAUGAGAAUAUCCCAGAAUUCCCAUAAGAAAAAACUUAUAUCAUGUUUUCUUAUGGAAAAAAAACCUUACCUUGAAAGAAUAACCCGUUACUGGUUUAAAGCAAAACUUUCAGAAGAAUAACCCCAAAUUUCCCUGUAUAUAUCCAAAGCCGCCCCCGACUUUCAGACCGUAAGUUAUUCCGGGCAUAGAAUAUACCCCAAGGCGUGCUACAUGCUGUAUUCAUCUGUAUAGUAGUUAAUGUGGUACCAUAUUAUAUGAUAUAUACUGUAGCCAUACUGUAGCCAUCUGUAGUUAAAGGGUGAUUCCCGAAUUUCAUAGAGCCUAAGAUAUAACAUUCCGUGUAUGUAUGAAAUUUAAAUGUCAAAAUAUAGAGGAAUAGUGUAUUUACCUAUAAGAUACAUUCUGUAUUCACCUGUAUAUAAAUACCACAAGAUGUAAAUAAAUCUCUGU